AACCGCAUCAUUAAAACAUUAGCUCAACAGCAACAACUACUAAUAUUGCACUUAGCAUCAAAGAUGGUUUUCUUGAAAUGUAUUAUUUUAUUUGGACUUCUUGGUCACAUAGCAAAUGGUUCCCCAUUGAAAUCUGAGAUUAUGGACUUGAAUCCACACAUUGUGGGCGGCGUAGAUGCUCCUGAUGGUUAUGCCCCUCACUCUAUGGCUCUAACCUCAGGGUACUGGGUGAACAGCCUAAUGUGUGGAGCCUCUAUCAUCAGCGAGUGCCAUGUGCUAACAGCAGCGCACUGCAUUGAGGCAUUGCUGGACAUUAAUGGUCAGCUGUUGAGUACGCUCCACGGAGUAUAUGCAACCAAUGAAUGGCAAUCGACUAAACACCGAACAAAAUUCUCAGGAUUUAUCAACCAUGAAAAAUAUGACGCCUUUCUUUACAAAUAUGACAUCGGUGUUCUCUUCCUCGAUGGAAAAUUGACACCCAGUGACAAAUGGGCAAUAAUUGCUUUGAAUUUCGACUGGAUUGACGCUGGCGACAAAAGCUCCGUUACAGGAUAUGGAAGACUUUGGAAUUGGGGCCCCAUUGCUACAAGACUGCAGCUUCUUUACCUGAAAACCAUAGGUGAGAAGGAAUGUGCAGACGGUGUGAGCGCGGCCAUGCCUCCUGGCUGGUGGAUUCCUCCAGUGGACCAAAGAGUCGAGAUCUGCACCUUUAAGGGUGAAGGAUUCGGACUUUGUAACGGUGAUUCCGGCAGUGCUCUAGUAUCGCUGAAGACCAAUACUCAGACGGGGAUCGUAGCUUGGGGCUUCCCAUGCGCACGCGGCGCUCCCGACAUGUUUGUUCGCGUGAGUGCCUUCAAGGACUUCCUCCUGAACGUAAUGAAGACUUGCGACAAGUGCUGAUUGGAAUUUGUUCUACU